CACUGAAUGAGAUGAGUAAUGGCUGCAAAAUUUGUAGGUACUUGACGUAUUAAAUCGUGCGAAUAUCCAGUAACCCGAGGCGCUUGCUUAAGCCCAAAGAUGUCAAUUAAAAUUGGCACCAAGGUAGAAGUGAUUGGAAAGGGGGUGGUUGGCACUGUUGCUUACAUAGGAGCCACCUUAUUUUCUAGUGGUAAAUGGGUAGGUGUUAUUCUGGAUGAUGCUAAAGGCAAAAAUAAUGGUACUGUGCAAGGCAAGAAGUACUUCACAUGUGAAGAUAACCAUGGGAUAUUUGUUAGACAAUCACAGAUUGCUCCCAUAGAUGGCUCAUCGGGCGAGUCCCCAUCCACCCCAGGGGAGGCUCCUCAAGCAGCCACACCCACCUCUGAAGCCACCCCAGCCAGACCCCCACCAUCUGAAAAGAAACAGGGCAGGAUCUCUGGUCUCAGACCACCAAGCAAAGUGUCCAGCAGGGAAGACUUGGCCCAGGCUGCUAAGGGCAAAGAUGGCAGUCCUACGACCCCAGCAGAGGAGGAGGCACUAGGGUCAAAGCCAGAAAGCAAAAGGAGGUCUUUGUCUCAGACUACAGAUGGGAAAAAGAAAAGACCUCUUUCACAGGCUUCAGCUGCUGAUAUAUCAGUGAUGUCAGCUAGCAUUGACAGCCAGAUGAGCAGUCUUCAGCAACAGCAGGAAGUGGAGAACUACAAGGCAGAUAUCAAAGACCUGGAGGAAAAACUGGAAACAUUGAAAUUGAAGAGAGCAGAAGAUAAAGUAAAAUUGAAGGAGUUUGAAAAAGCCAAGAUACAACUUCAGCAGCUUCAAGAAUACAAAACUAAGAUGCAAGAGUUGCAAACAGAUUUGCAAAGACAGUUGCAAGCUUCUAAAAAGGAAGCAAAAGAUGCCCAAGAAGCUUAUGAUCGUUACAAAGAUGAAAUGUCAGACCUUGCAGAAACAGUGGAAAUAGCCACUUUGGACAAAGAAAUGGCAGAAGAAAAGUGUGAAAAUUUGCAGUUAGAAGUUGAUUCUUUGAAGGAAAAAGUGGAAGAGCUCACUUUGGAUUUGGAGAUUAUGAAGGAAGACUUGAGUAAAUCAGGCACAGAGGGUGGGGCCACUAACUACCAAGUUAAACAAAUGGAGCAGCAAAAUGAGCGACUGAAGGAGGCCUUGGUUAAGAUGAGGGACCUCUCUAACCAAGAGAAACAAGAACUUUCUCAAUUAAAGAAACAGCUGGACCUGAAAACAACAGAGAUCAAUAAUUUGACCAAGGAUAAAGACAGACUGACAGAAGAAGUCAAGGAGUUACAAGAUCAGAUAUUGGAAAUUCAAGAACAGGUUGAUGCUGCAACUGGUGCUGAAGAAAUGGUUGAAAAUCUGACUGAUAGAAACCUUGCUUUAGAAGAGAGGAUUCAAGAGUUGGAGGAAGAGAGAGCAGACCUGGAAGCGCUACAUGAAAUGAACGAGGAACUCCAGGAGACAGCAAGGGAAGGAGAGCUUGAACUGAGAGAGGAACUUGACCUCACUAGGGCAAAAGUUCAUGAAGCUCAAAGGAAAUUGGAUGCCACCCAAGAGACUAUAGCAGAUUAUGAAAGCACCAUUGCCAAAUUUAGAGAGCUGGUUGCACAACUUCAGGAGGCCAACCAGGAGCUGAUGAACAAGCAGGUUGAGACAGUGACACAGAAGCAAGCACCACCUAUUGAAAUGUUUGACUUCAAAUCCAAAUUGAUUGAGACCAAGGCAUUUGCCAAAGCUAUUGACAUGGAAAUACGUCAGUUGGAUGUGAAACAGGCCAACAAGCAUGUGUCCCUUCUCUGCUCCUUCAUGCCUGAGAGUUUCAUAAGAAGAGGAGGAGACCAUGAUGCCCUUCUUGCCCUGUUGCUAAUACCCAGGUUGAUCCAGAAAGCUGACCUAUUGAUCAAUCAAGCUAGAUCAAAGUUUGAGGCUCCAGAAUCCAUAACAAGAGAGCAGGUUCUCAAAAGCCCCAAAGCAGAGCAGUACAGCUAUGGAUGCCAGUUUGUGCACAUGCUAAGUAUAUUACAGAACAAUCUCCACCAAUAUGAGAGUGCACUGAACACUUGUAGUGUUGAACUCUUCCUGAAGGUGGGAACACUGUUGCCAGAGAUGGCUAUCCAUGAAAAGCACCUAGACCACUACAUUGAACUGCUAAGGAAAGAUCAGCUCGAUGAAACGGUCUCAUUAGAGAAUUUAGAGAGGUCAAUCUCAUAUUUCCAUCACCUGUAUAGUGUUCACCUGGCCCAGGAGAAGGUUGACCAGACUGUGCUGAUGGCAGAUCAUGUCAAGCAGAUUCUCAAUGCUUGUGACUGUGUCAGUGUAGACAUCACCAGACUCAAGCUACUGCUACAGCCAAAACAAGAAACCAGUGAUAUUUCCAUUUUGUUGAAAGAUCUUGAAUCCUACUGCAAUGAUACUAGACUGGCUGCAAGAAAGAUCAAGCGUCGCGUUCCACAACAGGCCCAAGAAAGCAUGAGUGCACCACUCUCAUAUGGAAAGGAGGUUCAGGAGUCUAUAUUGGCCUGUGGGAAGAAUAUGAAUCAUAUUGUGAAGGUGCUCCAUCUGAUGGGAGGGGAGGCCAUGAAACAGGUGGCCUUGAUUACAGGACAUGCCCUUCACACACUGAAAGACAGUGAUGGUGUGCCUGUGAAGAAAAUGGAAGAAAUCUCCAAGCAGUCAGUCAACAAAGUGUUCAGUGGCGCCACUGGAGGGCCAGCUGAGAGCCUGAGGAAAUCAUUCAAGUCUGUGGUGGAUGUAGUCAGCAAGGUUGCUCAAGCAGUGGAGAAUGGAGAAUAUGAUUUUGAUGGUACUUCAGACACAAAGCCAAUGCCCCCAGUUAUGACAAGGGCCAAUCAGGUGAAGGGGGAAAUAUCUGACACUGAGAAUUUGAAGUAUAAGAUAGAGGCCAAAGAUGAAGACAUCAAGGAAUUGAAGAAACAGCUCAAACUCAAGCAAGAUGAGUUGAGUCAGCAACAGAUCCGUUAUGGCAUGAUGGACAAGAAACUGGAGAAUGCCUCCAAGGAUGGGAAUGAGAAGAUAGAAAAAUUGCAGAGGAAGCUGGAUGAUGCAAAUGCUCAGUUGAAGAAGAAAGAAAAGGAGUUUGAGGAAACCAUGGAUGCCCUUCAGGCUGACAUUGAUGCAUUGGAGAAUGAGAAGGCUGAAUUAAAGGAGAGGCUGAGGGUCCUGUCCAAAAAGACACUUUUAGAGGGGCUAGCCAAACAGUCUGGAGUGGCUGCUCUGGUCACACAGGGGUCACCAGAACUUCUACGAAAAGUACAAGGUGCAACAGGAUCUACCAGUCCCUCUAGCCCCACUGCAGGCAUCCCAGGACCAGCAGUUGUCAGGGAUUCUCCUCUUCUGCUGCAAGAGAUAGAUUCUUUGAAGAUGGCCUUGAAGCACCUGAAGAAUGAAAAUGUCAGACUGAAAGGACAGAAAAUGAUGGAUCAGUUGGCCAGCCUGCCUCCUCUCAGAGUUCCCAAGAAACCUGUUGGCCUGGCCAGUACAACUGGACUCAUCAAGAUGGGAGAGGCACCAGAGGGCGCUCAUGGAAUAGAGUCUCUCAACAGACUGAGUAAAAAGACGUCUGCUAUGUUACAUGAGCUACAGACUUUGAGUGCUUGUCCUACAGUAGUUGACAUUUCCAAAAGAAAACCAGGCCAAGAGCCUCUGCUGGACAAGGCUUCUCCUGCUAACCAGCUGCUAGAAAACGCAGCAAGAAUGAACCAACUCCAGAGAUCUACUCUAGAGCUCCAGGUAGCUGUCACUAACCUAAUGGCUGCCAACAGAAAUGGAGGCCAGGUCAGGACCGACUUUGCUGCCUUUCCCACUCCAUCUUUUGCCAAGGUGCUUCAUGAAAAAACUGAAGAUAAAGAGAUGAUAGGCAGGGUGACACUCCCUACCACUGCAGGCCAAGGAGAUACCAUACCAAUCAGUGUGCUACCAAAUCAAUUAAGGAAAAUUCAUGCUAAGUUUGUCAGCUGAAAUUGUAGACUUGUUCAGUAGUGAUAUUGCAUGUCGUAGUUAAUUUAUGUAAUUUAACACAGAACAAAGCUUCUGUCAUUGUGAACUUUUUUUGCAACAGAAAAUUUAAAAAAUGGGAGACAGAUUUAGCAAAAAAGUUGGUAUAAUGUCACUGCUCAAAAACAAAACAUUAUUCAGUGUUUUCAUAAAAAAAUAUCUUAAAGUAGUCCUAUAAGUUGUAUCAGACUUUAUUCCUAUGUGUUUUUUGGAUUUACAAAUCGAUAUAGAAAGUUAAAUGUCAUUACCAUUAAAUGUUCAGCUUCAGCUUUUAUUACGAAACAAAUAUGUGAAAUGUGUUGCAGUCUUAAAAUAUUGCAUACUAUUGUGUAGUAUGAUUGGUAGGGCUGUAAAGAGCAUGCAGAUAUAGAUGAUGGCGGAAUUAUAUUAACAUGAUGGUAAAAAGAUCUGAUACCAAUGUACAUGCAUGCGGACUUACAGCUACCCAGUGUCUAAACAAUCCAGAUCUUAAUAAUUAAUAACCAAAUUAUCUACAUUGUUUGUAUCUGGGCUAUUUCUGGUUUUCCAGUCAUGGUCAUUUGAGAUGGCCCAAAAGGAGGUUGUCAACAAUGUGUGAUGAAAACCAUUUUCAUGGUAAUGGUGAAACUCUGCAUUAAAUAUUUUCUUAGAAACAAUAGGAAAGUGACACCCAAAACAUAGUUUUUGCAGUUUUGCAAUAUACCAUUUUCAACAGAAGUUCAGGGAAAACUACCAUAAACACAUUUUGGUUAAAUUCUGUCAGCUUUCAUGCUGCAAUGAACUUUCAAGUCUGUCAUUAUAUCUGACCCAAUAUGGCAUCAUUAAAAUGGCAUUUUCUUUCCAAAAAUAAAACUGCUUUCCAACUUA